UGAAAAACAUAGUGCACAUUUAUUAUACCUUCCGCCAUUGAACAGACAAGGAGGACGAUCUGUCGGGGGGAAUAUACUGUGGAAAAAAUUGGAACGCAUGUGCAAAAUACAGUGUUUUCCUGAAUCAGAGUGUUCAUAAAUUGGAUCCUUUGUGUCAAUUUGUUAAAACAAAGCUGUUUGUUUCAACGGAUACGUUUUCUAACGACUAUUUUGCUAAUAGUUUCGAUUAAUGGUGUUGUUAUAGUCUGUUUUAGAGUUUUUCAAUCGAUUUUUUUUUUUAAAUUGGAUCCAUAACUAUAUUUGCCAGGCUGUGAAAACAGCCUAUGCAAUGAAAAUUUUUGGUUUCUGAAACCCGUAAUCAUGAGUUUCACAAGUGAUGAGGUCAACUUCUUGGUGUACAGAUACCUUCAGGAGUCAGGUUUUGUACACUCAGCGUACACUUUUGGAAUAGAGAGUCACAUCAGCCAGUCAAAUAUCAAUGGGGCACUAGUUCCUCCUGCUGCUCUCCUCAACAUCAUAAUGAAAGGCCUACAGUAUACAGAGGCGGAAAUCAGCAUUGGGGAGGAUGGUGCACAGGCCAAGAACAUUGAAGCUUUGACCCUGAUUGAUGCUGUAAUGCCUGACGUUGUGGAGUCUAAGAAACAGGCAGCACAACCAGCUCCUAAGAUCAAGACAGAACCCGCCAGCACCAAUGGGGAGGAGGCUGCACCUGCAGAAAUUGCCAAUCACACAGAUUCAAUGGAAGUGGAUGGUGGUCAGGAAAUUCCCACAAACAAAGCUACAGUUCUACGAGGGCAUGAGUCUGAGGUUUUCAUCUGUGCAUGGAAUCCCACCAAUGAUUUACUGGCUUCAGGGUCUGGAGAUUCCACAGCCAGGAUUUGGAACAUGAAUGACAACAGUUGUUACAGUGCCAACCAGUUAGUCCUCAGGCACUGUAUACAGAAAGGUGGCACUGAGGUUCCCAGUAACAAAGACGUCACAUCCCUGGACUGGAAUUGUGAAGGAACUUUAUUAGCUACAGGGUCUUAUGAUGGCUAUGCCAGGAUAUGGAGUACAGAGGGCAGAUUAGUGAACACAUUGGGGCAACACAAAGGACCAAUAUUUGCCCUAAAGUGGAACAAGAGAGGGAAUUAUAUUCUGAGUGCAGGAGUUGACAAGACGACAAUAAUAUGGGAUGCCAGCUCUGGAAAUUGUACACAGCAAUUUGCAUUUCACUCAGCUCCAGCGCUGGAUGUGGACUGGCAGAGUAAUGCUACGUUUGCUUCUUGUUCUACCGAUCAGUGCAUCCAUGUGUGUAGGCUCGGCAUGGAGCGGCCAAUGAAAACAUUCCAGGGACAUACAAACGAGGUCAAUGCCAUUAAAUGGGAUCCUCAAGGACAACUUCUUGCCUCUUGCUCAGAUGAUAUGACCUUAAAAAUAUGGAGUAUGAGACAGGAUCCAUGUGUGCACGACCUGCAGGCUCACAGUAAAGAAAUAUACACAAUUAAAUGGAGUCCCACAGGGCCAGGCACAAACAACCCAAAUGUACCUCUCAUACUGUCAAGUGCAUCUUUUGACUCCACUGUCAGGUUAUGGGAGGUAGAACAAGGAAGGUGUCUUCAUACACUAACAAAACAUCAGGAACCCGUGUAUAGUGUAGCCUUCAGUCCCGACGGCAAAUACCUAGCCAGUGGCUCCUUUGACAAGUGUGUUCACAUCUGGAAUGUACAGAGUGGUCAGUUGGUGCACAGUUAUAAGGGAACGGGAGGGAUAUUUGAGGUGUGUUGGAAUCACCGUGGAGACAAAGUGGGAGCCAGCGCAUCAGACGGAUCUGUGUUUGUUCUGGACUUGCGAAAAUGAUAAUCCCAAAUAAACGUCAAGGUUGACUUGAUUUCAAUAUUGUUUGUCUGUGAUAAGUGUUGAUGGUGUGCAGUCAAUGAACCAUAUUGUCCUGCCCUCAUACGACAGGUCUCCAGAGCCGCGGCACUUACAGCCCCUCCCACAUCAUCACAGAUCCCCUCCCCCCAGCUGUGAAGUUCACCAGCUAGCCAGAUUUGUCCCAGGCAGACCAGAGGGGAUGAUUGUGCUAGGGAUUAACAAAUUGUUCACAGUUUAUUUUAUGUGUGUAAAUAUACUAAUAGGUUAAUAUUAGUUUUCAUUGAAGAAUUUGUUAAGUACUGAUCUCAGGUGUGUGUGUGUUGGUGUAUAUGUCAUGAUUUGAAUGUUGUCAUCUUUCAAAUUCUCACAGAAAGUGCUAUUUUUUAUUUAAUUUGUGAAAAUCUUUAAAAAAAUAUUUUUAAUGUUAGAAAUUUUUUUUGUUUUUUCUUAAAGUAACUCAUUGACCCUUAACAAUAAUGAUGAAUAAAAUGUCAAACUGAUUGUAUUGGAAUUUUUUGUUGUGUAAAAUUUACAACACAACCAUUUUCCAUCUGUAUGGUUUUGAUUCAGGAAAUUUUGUUCAUUUAUUUUCUUCCCACUUUUAAUAUUGUGAAAUAACAAUUAGAUGUAUAGAUGUUCCAGUCCAAAUCCGCAUUUCAUGAGAUCAUUGGGUUUUAAUGAGAUGGCAGCUAUGUCAUUAGAAUUCUAUGUGUGUGUAGUCAUCCUUGUACCAAGAAUACUAUACGAAAUGUCAAAGAUAACAAUUAUUUUGCAUAGUGCUGUAAAAUCAGAACAAGUUUUACAAUUUCUGAAGCCACUUUUACAUAUUUAUAUUGAAAGGUGAAUUCAAAAAUACUACUCGUGUGCAAUUUGAUGGAAAUGUUAUAGUUCAUACAGUUUAUCUUAUAUAAACAAAAAGAAAAGGCUAUGAAUAUUGCUUUUAGGAAAUGAGAAUAUUAAUUUGGAUAAACUUACGUAGCCAUUGUUUGUUAAAUCUGUGCCAAGCUUCAUGUUAUGGUCUGUAGAAAUUAGUAUUUAAUACAAACUUGUGGUGGUCCUGACAAGGGAGCUCACUCUACAUCAGGAUCUUUGUUAUUGUAGAUCAUGUAUGUACUAGGGUGUUUCAAUUGUCAAAUACAGAGACAUUGUCAAUAUU